AUGUUCUUUUUUGACGUUUAUUAUAGUGGUUCAAGCGUCCGUCACUCUCCAUCUAGUUCAAGUGGAGAAUCGCCCUCGACCACAGGCAAAGUGGACUCAGAGGAGGGAGGCGAAGGCAUGGCCACUGAUGCAGGUGGAGUGAUGGAGGUGAUGCAAGAGACAGUCCGCCAGCUCCAGCAUCAGGUUCGCUGCCUGCAAGCUGAAAACGCUUUCCUGCAACGCGCUGUCGACCGAUGUUCCCUCGCCACUUCUGAGUCUGACAAGGCCUCCGUGGGUUCCGCAUCGGCCUCUGGGGCUUUUCCCCUUGUUGCGAAUCCUCUGAGAACAGAACUCUUUGCAGUAACCCACGAAUUUGGACAGCGUUUUGUCCCAGUGUUCCUAAAAAUGAGCUACAAAGAGAUAUCUGCCCUGCAAAAUGAUGAAGUGCAAAACGUUCGACUCACAACUGCACCCUCUAGUCCCAAUCACCACUACUUGCCUUCGUCAGGACUACAGGUUCAGCAAAUGAACUGCACUUCUAACAUAAGAAAGCGUCUGCUAUCAGAAGAUUUGGGACCCGACACCAUGUCACAUUUCCAUCUACUUGGAAGAAUGUGUCUUGAUGUGUCAGCCCCUGAUCUACUGGCCAAAGUAAAAAAUCUUUUUCACAUUUAUCUGCGUUAUCUUGAUUCUGACGAUGAGAUUGGUCUUAAUGCAGACAGCAUUUCAUCAAUUUGUGUAAAGAUGACACCACAAUCGAUAAAUAGCGGACAACCUCCCAAAGAAGUCCAAAUUUUGUCCCACGGAAAUAACGACGCGGUAACAGGAAUAGACCCAGGCUAUGAAAUAUUGCACAUAGUGAUCACAUUGCAUGAGAAUGCUUAUGCACUAGAGAAGCCGAUAGCACCAAGCUUGCUGAAUCCUUUAGCAGUGUCCUCAAUCGCGUGGAUCUCCCUUCUGUCGGCUUCUCUGCUGAGCAAAUUGAUUGAAUCUCUACUGGCCAAUAAAUGUGUUGUCAUUUAUGGACCCAAAGGGUCAGGAAAACUCGAGUUUGGACGAAUUCUUGUUGACUCAAUGGCAAAAAUGUAA